AUGAUGACCCAUGACUGCUGUGCCAGGUUCAGUACAAACCAUGUUGUGAAGUAUGCGGAUGACACGACAGUGGUGGGCCUCAUUCAGGAUGACAACGAACAGGCCUAUAGGGAGGAGUUUGCUUACCGACCCAACCGCUCCACAGAGGACGCUAUAUCCUCUGUACUCCAUCUAAGCCUGGCCCAUCUGGAGAAGAAGGACACUCAUGGCUGUGUCUUGAGCCCAUUACUAUUUACCAUGAUGACCCAUGACUGCUGUGCCAGGUUCAGUACAAACCAUGUUGUGAAGUAUGCGGAUGACACGACAGUGGUGGGCCUCAUUCAGGAUGACAACGAACAGGCCUAUAGGGAGGAGGAAAAAGCAGCACAGGCACACCUUCCCUCUCCCAUCCUCAGUACUGUCUACAAAGGCAUUAUAGAGAGCAUAUUGACCAGCUGCAUCUCUGUAUGGUCUGGGGAUUAUUGCCAGCUUCUACCUGGAAACAACUUUACAACAGAGUGCAACAUUCCAGGAAAUUUUAUGUGCAGUGAUGGUGAAUGUAUUCCUGGAGGUUGGCAGUGUGACGGCUUUCCAGACUGCUUCGACAAGAGCGACGAGAAGGGUUGCCUUAACUUGUGGUCAAAGUGUGCACCCACAUUCUUUGCUUGUGCAAACGGGGUUCACUGCAUUAUUGGCCGCUUCCAGUGUAAUGGUUUCAAAGAUUGCCCUGAUGGCAGCGAUGAAGACAACUGCACUGCAAACCCUUUGGUGUGUUCAUCCGCACGGUUCCACUGUGAUAAUGGGCGGUGUGUAGAUCGCAGUUUUCUAUGCAAUGGACAGGAUAACUGUCAAGAUAACAGUGAUGAAGAGAACUGCCUUACAACAGCAGAAUCCCCUGGACAGGACUUUGUGACACUGGACUAUAGACUAUGCUAUUACCCCAGUAUCACAUAUGCAGUUAUUGGCAGUGCCAUCACCUUUGUCCUGGUUGUGGCAUUGCUGGCCCGUGUCCUGCACCAUCAGAGAAAGCGAAGUGUCUUGCUGCCACAGGGGGUCUACGGAGGUGCCUGUCACCAACCACUCCUACUGUCCCGGCUUGUCAUACUGGACAGAGGACAUUUGCUCUCUCUUUCACAAUAUCCUAGAACUACGAUAGACUUGCCACCAUCAUACUCGCAGGCUGUACUGGAUGUCGGCCGACCCGCAUGGUUUGAUCUACCACCUCCUCCUUACCCUCCAGACACUGCAGUUCAGUCUGAGAGAGAACCACCUGUAUAUGAGGACCCAGUUGAAUUCACAGAAUCAUCCAGAGCUGUAUUAUCUCAAACCUGGACCAACAACACCAACACUGACUCCAGUUGUGCAGAGUAA